AUGAACAUUCAAACAUUCACAAAUAGAGAGGAUAUCUCUUUAAAUCAGUUUCAUAGAGGUCAUGUUGAAUACAAACUACCAGUGUUGAUCAUCACAAAGAUACUUGAAUUAACUUGGAUGAUAUCAACCUAUGAUCAAGAGUUUCCUUUAUUAUCAUACAAAAAAGCAUUAAAACUGAGACUAAUCAAUAAACGAUUCUUUGGUAUUGUCAGUAAGAUGUUCAACAAUCUUAAACUUCUUUCUCACGCAAAUUCUUCAAUGAUGGACGAGCUUCGCGAUAGACUUAACAGUAUAUUUUGUCCAAUUAAACAUAUUGUCAAACUACUGGUCGGAAUUCCCGUUUUUGAACUGUUAAUGAAACAACCAUCUCCUCAUCUCACUCAUUUGUUAUCAACUGUUGAAAAGUUACAUAUUCAUCGUGAAACUAAUUGUGGACCUUUAACAGAGAACAGCAUCAAGACCUUUGGAACCAUCGCCACCAAUCUUCACUCGCUCAUUAUCGGUUCAAUAAUACUGAAUUCUGCACACCUCGAUGCAAUCUGUUCGAUUAAAUCUCUUAGAAAGAUAGAAAUUUCCACCACUUUUAUUCGUACACCAGUUAUUCUCGCUAUGUUAUGUAACAAAUUACCGUUACUCGAAUCAAUCAAAAUGUUGUAUUUCAGUAUCACUGCUAUUCCAAUUGAUUUCAAUUUUCCAGGCAGAGAAUUAUACCAAUUAGCUUUGUUAGAACAUUGA